GCUGCAUCCCCAGCCCGGCCGCGCUACUGCGCAGGACGCGGGGAGGCGCGCACCGAGGCCGGGAGCACCACCCCGGGAGCACCCCGGGGCGCGCGAAAAGACACGCAUCCGCACGGCCAGGGCGGGGUCUCGGGGGGAGUCCCCAGCUUCGCGCAGAAACGAAACCGAAAGAGGGGACCGAGGGAGGCGGAGCCGCGCCGGCACCACCCAGCCCUGCGGGGCCCGGACCCGGGCGCGGCCAGGUGUGCACCGGCCACCAUGGCUCAGGAUGGCGUGGAGUUGGAGAAGAGCGUCAGGCGCCUCCGGGAGAAGUUUCAUGGAAAAGUGUCCCCCAAGAAGGCGGGGGCUCUUAUGAGGAAGUUUGGCAGCGACCACACCGGAGUAGGGCGCUCUAUCGUGUAUGGUGUCAAACAGAAAGAUGGACAAGAGCUGAGCAACGAUUUGGACGCUCAGGAUCCACCUGAGGACAUGAAGCAAGACCGAGAUAUCCAGGCAGUGGCCACCUCUCUGUUGCCCCUGACACAAGCAAAUCUUCGAAUGUUCCAAAGAGCCCAAGAUGACCUCAUCCCUGCAGUGGACCGACAGUUUGCCUGCUCUUCCUGUGACCACGUGUGGUGGCGCCGCGUACCCCAGAGAAAGGAGGUGUCAAGGUGUCGCAAGUGUCGGAAGCGUUAUGAACCAGUGCCAGCUGACAAGAUGUGGGGCCUGGCUGAGUUCCACUGCCCAAAGUGUCGUCACAACUUCCGGGGCUGGGCACAGAUGGGGUCCCCAUCACCCUGCUACGGGUGCGGCUUCCCCGUGUACCCUACUCGGAUCCUGCCCCCACGCUGGGACCGUGACCUGGAUCGGCGCAGCACACACACCCACUCCUGCUCAGCUGCAGAUUGCUACAAUCGCAGAGAGCCCCAUGUGCCUGGGACUUCCUGUGCCCACCCCAAGAGCCGUAAGCAGAACCACCUCCCCAGAGUGCUGCACCCCAGCAACCCCCACAUCAGCAGCGGCUCCACAGUGGCCACAUGCCUGAGCCAAGGUGGCCUCUUGGAUGACCUGGACCAUCUCAUCCUGGAAGACUUAAAGGAGGAGGAGGAGGAUGGUGGGUGUCAAGAGUGACCCUGGCCAGACACACACAGGAACGGCAGACACAGAGUGUGGACACCUCAUGUUGCUAUAAGAUACCAGUUCAAGGAACUAGAAAUACUCUUGGGAGUACUCAUGGGCCAGUCACAACCGCACAAGCCGGGUCAGCAUAACAGCCUUCUUGAGAGAGUACGCUCCUCCGCGGAACUCGGCCCAGUAGACCCCGUCCUGGUAGCGGCUCCGGUAGUGACCUCCAUGAUACCAUACACCAUUGAGAUUAGAGUGGGCACAGGCAUGGUACCACCAGCCCCCACGAUGGUACAGGGCACAAUUACCUGAGGGCAGAGACAGAGUUUGUAUUCCCACCAAAAUAAAAGUCUCUAUCAGCAUUUCUUUGUGCAAAGCUUUUGCAAGCAUCCCUCAACCUUCCGUGUCUUAUUGAAUAGAAACCCUAAUCCUCCAUCUCCUCACCAAAAUAAAAGACUCUAGCUUCUCAUUUUCUUCUUCAGA